AUGAAGAGAAACCUCAGUCUGAGAGACACCACUGUGGAGGACCAGGACCAGGACCAGGACCAGUGCCUGAAGACUCAUCUGAAGCUGAGACUGAUGACAGCGAUGAUUGGACGGAGACCAGAGAACCUCCAUCGGAUUGAGGAGAACAGAGGGGCGGAGCCUCCAGUUAACAGCUCGACUCUAAAGAUGGAGACAGAAGCUGAAAGAGAGGUCUGUGGAGGACCAGAACCAGCUAGGAACUCGCAUUCAGGUCCAGGUUUACAACCAGGAGAUUUGUUUGGACCUGAGACUGAUGACAGUGAGUUUUGGAGAGAGACCAGGCAGCAUUCAUCAGGUUUCACGUAUCUGAGUAAUAAAAGAGUCUCUGAUGUCAAGACCAAAACUGAACCCAGCGUUGUUGACCAAGAUAUUCGUCAGCAGCCUCCCUUGGUGAAAACAGAGGAUGUCUCUGAGACUGAGGAGAAACCACGUCACAGAUUUGAAGACAGUCACACUCUGCAGACGCACAGGAAGUCAUACGCAGGGGAGAAACCAUUCGGUUGCGUAGUGUGUGGUAAAACCUUUGUGAAGUGUGAACGUUUACGAUCCCACAUGGCUUGUCACACGGGGGAGAAACUGUUUGGUUGGUCAGUUAGAGAUAAGAAGUUAGAUUCUCAUUUGAUGAGUAACACAGGAGAGACACCAUUCCACUGCUCAGUGUGUAAUGCCAGCUUCAUCGACAGCGAGGUUUUAAUCCAGCACAUGAGGGUCCACACGGGACAGACCCAGUUUAGGUGCCCGAUGUGCGGUCAGGAGUUCGCCUGGAGACGGACUCUGACCAAACAUUUGGAGGUCCACAAAAUCUUUGGCUGCAGAGUCUGCAACAAAAAGUUCACCUGGUACUAUCAGCUGAAAGACCACAAGUGUGUCGGCCGCCAGUCUGACGCCGCCAGAGAGGGCUGUGGAGAACCAGGACCAGCUGGGAACUCAGAUCCAGAUUUACAGCCAGACACUGAUGGAGAAUCUUCUGAAGCUGAGACUGACGACAGCAACGAUUGGACAGAGACCAGAGAACCUCCUUCAGAUUCAGAGAAACCAUUCAGCUGCUCUGUCUGUGGGAAAUCAUUUCCAGGGAGCAAACAUUUACAAGCACAUCUCAAAAUCCACUCAGGUGAGAAACCAUUACGUUGCUCAGUCUGCGGCAGCGGCUUCAUCGGUAGUGGACACCUGAAAAGACACAUGAGAACUCACACGGGAGAGAAACCAUUCAGUUGCUCCGAGUGUGGGAAAAGAUUCCCUCGGAAGGACAACUUGGCUCAUCACACAAGAGUCCACACGGGAGAGAAACCGUUCGACUGCAGCGUGUGCGACCGACGGUUCACCUGGUACACUAGCUUUAAACACCAUCAUUGUGUUGGUCAUCUGUCUGACGCUGAUGGAGACGACUGUGGAGGACCAAAACCAGCCAAGGACUCAGAUCCAGAUCCAAACUUACAGUCUGAUACUGAUGAUAGUGUUGACAGGGUGUCUGGACGCUGGAAGAAGGCCAACAGUCUCCGCCCACUGAUGUCCCGCCCUUCCUCUGGUUCUUGUAGCGGAGAAGCAGAUCACAGCCUGGGUCAGCGGGGUCUGACUUAG